AUGUCGAGAGUUUUAUCCAACAGCGCACGCGCCAACCUUGCCAAAAGAUUGGCAUUGUCUCCACUCAAGCCUCAAUUGAGAACAAAAGCCUUCUCUACAGUUGUAAAGCCUUUAGCAGUCAACGCUUUGACAAGUGUUAGAUCAUUCCACAACACUUGUGUCAGACUCAACGAAAGUGCCGAAGCAGCACUCAAGGAAGUUAUCAAAUCCGAAAAGGAUGUUGUUAGUGCCAUCCCAAAUGAGUUGGAAAGCAGUUACCAAGAUUUCCUCUCCCAAAGUGGUUUCAAGAUCAUUGCUUCACCAGGUAAGGCCAACGUGGAAAUGGUGAAAACCGAUGAAUCAACCGGAAACAUUAUCCACGUUUACUUUGACAUUGAUGAAAUCACUGACAUCCCUACAGAAGAUUUUGAGGCUAUGGAAGGUGAUUUGGAAGAAGAAGCUGAUUCCUUGGAUCAAUUAUUAUGUAACGUUAAGGUUCUUGUUGAAAAACCGGACAACACUGGUUUGUUCUUUAGCUUGCUUUUGCAAAACACUGAGAGCUCUAUCAUGAUUGAUUUCAUCAAUGUUCAAAAAGACGUUAAACAGUUUAUUAAGAAUGUUCAAGAACAAAAUGAGUUUGUUGACAAAUUUAACUACCAAGGUCCUAAAUUUGCCGAGUUGGAUGAGAGCUUGCAAACUGAAUUCGAAAAUUACUUGCUUGAAAAAGGUGUCAACAACGACUUGGCUGACUUUAUUGUUGCCUACAGUGAUGUGAAAGAAGAAGAUGAGUACAGAUUAUGGAUCAAUGAAAUCGGAAAAUUCUUGAACUAG